AUGCAGAAGGAUUAUUCGGAAAUAUCAAAAGCAAAACGAACUACAUACAUACGCAGUGUCUCUACACCAGAAUUAGUAAGAAGGAACUUAGCAGAGAGCACAUUAAAUGUUCGUGCAAGCAGUUCUCACCAUAGACAAACAAUGGCAGCAUCUGACUUUGCUUUACCACAAAGUUUCACAAAGAAAGGAAGUACAAUGGAUCGUAUGUCAAUACUUCCUACACAAACAUCAUUGGAUGGAAUUAUUGAUUCAGAUUCAGAUGACAUAGAACUAAAACUUCUUUAUGAUGAAUAUUUACAAAAUAUUCUGACAGAAAUAAUCUUAAAAAAGAAGGCAGAAGAGAAAGAGAAAUUAUAUCUAUCUCAAUUGGCAACUAUAGCUAAGGAAUGUGAGCAGAAUGAAGAAAAACUAUUUAAGUUGAAAAUUAGAGAAAGAGAUAUAAUAAAUUUGACUAGGAUACAAAAUGAGGUUGAUUCACAAAUUAUAGAUGUGCAUAAUUGUACUAAAGGUGAAGAUGUUAAAACAUUGGAAAAUAUUCUAUCUCAGUUACAUAGUCUUCUACGACCUUUAGAUGUACUUCGUUGCAAUAAUAUAGUUCUUCCCGAUACACCUGAAGAAUGGGAAGAAACAAGCAAACUCUUACAAUCAUGUUCAGAGACAUUAAAGUCUAUUAUGGAUUUGAUUGGAACAAAAAAGGAAUCAUACGAAACUGUUAAUAAUGGUAUUAAAGAGUUUGUCAGUACUGCUAAUGAUAUUGAAGAUUACCAAAAAAGGCUAGAAAAAGAACUUUGCAAUUUACAAAUUCUUGUGUUAAAAACAGCAUCCUUGUCUCUGAUGCAAAGUCAUAAUUGA